UGACGACACCGGAAUCCGGAAGCGGGGGUUUCCACAGCGGAGAAGGGAAGGGCGACCUCCGCAUUUGGACUUUCUCGGAGCUCAGGGGCCCUACGAACUGACAGGCCGUCACUCCUGCCCACUUCACGUUCGACCGACUCUACCGACAGACGCUGACUUGUUGGAUGAGCAGACACCUCUGGAAGAAUCAGUUGUGUGAGAUGGUGCAACCUAGUGGUGGUCCGGUAGGGGACCAGGACAUGCUAGGUGAAGAGUCUUCUCUGGGGAAGCCAGCCAUGCUACAUGUGCCUUCAGAGCAGGGCACCCCUGAGAGCCUCCAGCGCUGUCUAGAAGAGAAUCAAGAGCUCCGAGAUGCCAUCCGGCAGAGCAACCAGAUGCUGCGGGAGCGCUGUGAGCAGCUGCUCCAUUUCCAGGUCAGCCAAAGGGAAGAAAAGGAGUUCCUCAUGUGCAAAUUUCAGGAAGCCAGGAAGCUGGUGGAGAGACUGAGCCUGGAGAAGCUUAACCUAAGAAGGCAGAGGGAGCAGGCCAUGCAAGAAGUGGAGCAGCUGAAGAGAUGCCACCAGCAGAUGGCUGAGGACAAGGCCUCCGUGAAAGCCCAGGUGACAUCAUUACUGGGGGAGCUCCAGGAGAGCCAGAGUCGCUUGGAGGCUGCUACCAAAGAACUCCAGACUUUGGAGGGCAGGGCGCGGGCAGCCAGCGAGCAGGCCAGGCGGCUGGAGAGCGAGAGGGAGGCUCUGCAGCAGCAGCACAGCGUGCAGGUGGACCAGCUGCGGAUGCAGAGCCAGAGCAUGGAGGCUGCCCUGCGCAUGGAGCGCCAGGCUGCCUCAGAGGAGAAGCGGAAGCUGGCCCAGUUGCAGAUGGCUUAUCACCAGCUCUUCCAAGACUAUGACAACCACAUCAAGAGCAGUGUGGUAAGCGGUGAGCGUAAGCGAGGAAUGCAGCUGGAGGACCUCAGGCAGCAGCUCCAGCAGGCUGAGGAGGCCCUGGUGGCCAAGCAGGAAGUGAUUGACAAGCUGAAGGAGGAGGCUGAGCAGCACAAGAUUGUGAUGGAAACAGUGCCAGUUCUAAAGGCCCAGGCGGAUAUUUACAAGGCAGACUUCCAGGCUGAGAGGCAGGCCCGUGAGAAGCUGGCUGAGAAGAAGGAGCUUCUGCAGGAGCAGCUGGAGCAGCUACAGCGCGAGUACAGCAAGCUGAAGGCCAACUUCCAGGAGUCAGCCAGGAUUGAGGAUAUGAGGAAGCGUCAUGUAGAGACCUCCCAGCCCCCUUUGCCCCCUGCCCCAGCUCACCACUCUUUUCACCCGGCUCUGCCCAACCAGAGGAGAAGCCCUCCAGAGGAGCCACCUGACUUCUGUUGUCCCAAGUGCCAGUAUCAGGCUCCUGAUAUGGACACUCUACAGAUCCAUGUAAUGGAGUGCAUUGAGUAGUGCUGGCUGCUCCAAUGACACCAGCAUAUGCUGUAUGCUAUGCUCAGGGCGAUGUAAUCUGUGCUUGCCUCUCCUGCCUGCUUAGACCAGAACUAAGAACUUAGUGCCAAAAAGUGGAUCCCAGGGAGGAACUGCAGGGCUUUCCUUCAGUGUUUUUAUCUGCUAGUCCACUUCUUUUGUGGUAACUGGCGCUCCAGUCAGGUUGCAUGCUUUGCCCUCUUUCUUGUGUUCAGUCUGCUUCAACCAUAUGGUUCUGGUGGCUAAUCUUGUCCUCUGUCCCCUCCAGAAUGGAGGUAGGGGCUCUCAAAAAAAACCACUUGCCUAAUCAGAGCUGGGUGUAGCUUGACUUCUCUCUGGCUGUUGAUUUGCCUGCCCUGAGCCCUUGAGCUCUAGCCUCUCUACCUGUGAUCACAUAGCACUCUACUUGGUUGCCAUACCAUGGUAUGUUUAACCAAUGCCAUUAAUGGGCAUUUGCUUUUUGUCCUCCAGCAUUUUUGCUACCAUAAAUGAUGUGGUGAAGAUGCUUUCAUGCUAAUCAUGUGUGUCUUUGGGAUGCUUAGAAGUGGUACUGCAGCCUUUCCAGGGAGGA